CCAGCAUCAAUUCAGUUCGGAUCGCAGAUUCAGAUAUUCUCCAUGUCCUCCAUCGCAAAUUAUUCUAUGAUCAGCUGGGCUUUACAGCACAUAAUGUCUGCCUGUUUUUAAUUCCACAACGAAAUGUCGAUCUCCGUUGGCUCUUCGCGGAAAAAGGAAGGAAGAGUAGUCCCAACGUAUAGACAUCUCUUGUCUCUCCAAGCCUUGACACCAGCAAAUCCUCUAAGGACCAUUGCCCACUGCGAUAUUGAUGCUGCUUAUGCUCAAUUUGAGCAGGUCCGGCUUGGAUUGCCUGACGAUAUACCUUUAAUCUGUGCGCAAUGGCAAUCAAUCAUUGCGGUCAACUAUCCCGCCAGGAAAUAUGGUAUCAAAAGGUUUACCUCCAUAGAAGAUGCUAAGAAAAUGUGCCCCCACCUAAGGAUACAGCAUGUCGCGACGUACCGUAAUGGCGAAAGUGAAGCCGGUUAUUGGGAUGAUGUUGAUCCUCGGACGCAUAAAGUCAGCUUGGAUGUAUACCGAAGAGAAAGUCUCAAAAUUCUAGCCAUAUUCAAGGAGAAGAUCCCUAGAGGCGAAAUAGAAAAAGCAUCGAUAGAUGAAGCAUUUCUUGACCUGACUCCAAUGGUCAUUGAAAGAUUGUUAGCUGCCCAUCCCUACCUUUCCAAGGUUCCUGAAGAUGCUCCAAAUGGUCUCGACUCUCCAUUACCUCCUCCUCCACCAAUCGAUUGGAGCAACGCUGGCUCUGUUUUUCCCAUCGACGGGAAAGAGGAUGGAUCCGGAACGGACCAUCAAGAAGAUAAAGAGGAAGACGAGAGAAGUGAAGAUGGUGAUGAAUUCGAUGGUCGGACUUCUGGGAGCAAUAGAGAUUCCUGGGAGGAUUGGGCGCUGUGUAUGGGUGGGGAGCUUAUGUCUAAUGUACGCGAAGAGGUAUACCUAAGGUUACAUUAUACAUGCACGGCAGGAAUUGCCCACAACAAGGCGAUGGCCAAGCUGUGCUCAGCUUGGAAAAAGCCUAAUAAUCAAACCAUCCUUCGCACAGCUGCUGUGCCAGCUUUUUUAAAUGGUCGAGACUUUACAGAUAUUCGAUCUCUUGGUGGCAAGCUUGGUGCAGCAAUAGCCCAACAGUUCGGUGCGAAGACAGUGGGCGAUAUGCUGACUGUAUCGCUCGAUGAGAUGCAAAGGAAAUUCGGUGAGGAGAGUAUCUGGGUAUACAACAUUCUCCGCGGAAUUGACCAUUCGGAGGUAACGGAUCGUGUCGCAACCAAGUCUAUGCUUGCAUCAAAAAGCAUCCGUCCAGCAGUCACGUCCCCUCAACAAGGUCAUCAAUGGCUUUCAAUUUUGGCGGGCGAAUUGAAUGUUCGUCUGAGGCAGUCAAGAGAAAUUAUGCCCGGACUUUGGCCCAAAACACUGGUCCUUAGCUAUCGCCAAGGUAUCGAACCUACCCGGUCUAGACAGAUUCCGUUUCCCUUCACGCGAAAUCUAUCUACAGAUUACAUUAUGAAGUAUGCCAAGAAGCUAUGGGAUGAGGCGACUCAACCCAUGUUGAAAGGCAACAUGAAGCUCAACGUUAUUGCCCUUUCCUUCACUGGUCUGGAGAAGCUUGAAGAGGGGCAGCAGGGAAUUGAAGGCUUCUUCAGUAACACGAAACCAAAGGCAGCUGAUGAGAGUACUAUUGGACCGUCAUCUUCGACGACAAUGCCCCGAGUAAUAUCGAAGUUGAAUAACAUCUCAAAGCGGACUCGAUCCCCAUCUUCUGAUUCCUCCUCAACAAUACCUACUGCAGUCGAAGUUCUACCCUCGAAAAAGGUCCGACCAAUGAAUCAACCUCUCUCGAAGCGCAAGAAAGGCUUGGACGCUUUCCUUAUCAAAAAACCUUCUGAUGUGACUUCUUCCUCCUCGCAUUCCAAUAUAUCUACCCCAUCUUCCGCAUCCGUUUCCGACUUGGAAAUAACUCCUAUCGAACCUCCCCAAUCAUCCCGUAUAUCUUCUCAUACGAAAACGGAUAUGGACUCUUGGACGUGUCCUAAGUGCGCGCAGACUUUUACUGUUCCGGAUGAACUGGACUUAGGUGAAGAGCAGGUUGGAUUGUUGAGAAGCAUGAAACAGGAGCAUGAGGAUUGGCAUUUUGCAAAGUCAUUGCAGGAUGGUGGUGAUGGUAAUGGCGGAACUAGCGCGCCUGGUCAACGGCGGAGCAAUACUACGCCUUCUCUCGGGCAAAAGGAAAAAAGAAAUGUAGAGGGUAUCAGAGCGUUCUUCACACCGAAACCGCAGUAAUCAUAUCUUGCCAUAGUAUAAUUUCUCGAUCCUUGGUCUUAUAACUGUUGUCGUAAAUCAAGCUGCACAAUUAUGCAAACCGUUU